CGGCGGGGGUCCGCCAUGGCCUCGGCCGCGGGGGGGAUCGCGGCCCGCACCGCCGAGGAGCCGCCGCCAUCCGAGCCGCCCGCAGAGCCGAAGCCGCCGCCGCCGCCGCCGCAGCCGCCGCCCGCGCAGGAAUUCUCCUUCCUGCCGCUCGUCCACGACAUCAUCAAAUGCAUGGACAAGGACAGCCAGGAUGUUCACCAGGUGCUGAAUGAGCUCAAGAACAAGUUCCAGGAGAUGAGGAAGCUGAUCAGCUCCAUGCCUGGCAUUAGCGUGAGCCCAGAGCAGCAGCAGCAGCAGCUGCAGAGCCUGCGGGAGCAGGUCCGGACCAAAAAUGAGCUGCUGCAGAAGUACAAGAGCCUUUGCAUGUUUGAGAUCCCCAAGGAGUAGGAAGGGUGCAGCUCUGCUGUCGGGUCUGAGAUACUGAUAUACCUCUGUCCUGGUUGAACAGGAGAAAUAAAGGUGGCAGAAGUUUA